GGACUGUCCGUCUGGCGGGCGGCGCGCGGGCGCGGGGCCUGGCCGGGCUAGUUCGCGUUCGCUCGCCUCGCCUAGCCGCGCCGCGAUGCCUGGGGGGAGCAGCGGGAGCCAAGAUGGGCACGGGAGGGCCGCGAGUCGCAGGCCGUCGCGGAGGAUUGGGCGGACCCGACGCGGGCGCCACGAGUCGGGCCUGGGGGGAGAGGGGGAGCGCGGGGUGGGCGAGGCGCGGCUGGAGGAGGCGGUGAACCGCUGGGUGCUGAAGUUCUACUUCCACGAGGCGCUGCGGGCCUUUCGGAGCGGCCGGUACGGGGACUUCCGGCAGAUCCGGGACAUCAUGCAGGCUCUGCUUGUGCGGCCCUUGGGAAAGGAACACACCAUCUCCCGGCUGCUGCGGAUUAUGCAGUGUCUGUCGCGUAUAGAAGAGGGGGAGAAUUUGGACUGUUCCUUUGAUAUGGAGGCUGAACUCACACCUCUGGAAUCCGCUAUCAAUGUGCUGGAGACCAUUAAAACGGAGUUUACUCUGACAGAGGCAGUGGUAGAAUCCAGUAGAAAACUGGUCAAGGAGGCUGCUGUCAUCAUUUGUAUCAAAACAAAGAAUUUGAAAAGGCUUCAAAAUUUUGAAAAACAUAUGUCCAAGGAUCCGACAACUCAGAAAUUGAGAAAUGACCUGCUGGGCAUUAUCCGAGAAAGGAAUGUCACACACCCAGUGAUUCAGAACUUUUCCUAUGAGGUCUUCCAGCAGAAGAUGUUGCGAUUCCUGGAGAGCCACAUGGAUGAUGCUGAGCCUUACCUCCUCACGAUUGCAAAGAGGGCUUUGAAAUGUGAGUCAUCUUCCUCCUCCUCCUCCUCCUCCUCUUCCGCUGCCACCACUGCUAACGUGCCUGUUGCUGCCACCAUGAAUUCGGCUCCUGCUGCCAGUGCCACAGUUAAUGCUGCUGCUGGUGCUGCUGUGGGUGAAGGUCCUGGGAAUAUGAAGAAAGACAAACAGCCGGCCCUGGAGCCUGUGGAGAAGCCACUCAAAGAACCCAUGAGACAGCUGCCUGAAAGUCCUUCUACAUUUGGAAUUUCGACUCUGAAAAGAGCCUUUAACAGCCUUUCGGAUUCACAAGAUCCUGAAGCAGCUUUCACUAAAUUGGACCAGAAGGAUGUUGUAGUUCCCCGUCCAGUGUCCCCUUCAGCAGCCCUCAAAAACAAGAGACAGAGACAAGAUGAGAGCUGUCCCCCAGAGUCUGCAGAUAACUCUGAACUGCAGCCCAAGAACAAGCGCAUGACAAUAAGCAGAUUGGUUCUGGAGCAGGACAGCCAGGGCAGUGAGCCGAGCGACAGCCCAGACUCCUCCCAGGAGACCGUUGUGUCUUCAGCCUCCAACCCACGGUUGCUGAAGCUGCACAAUCAGCCUCUGGCUGGGGAGAAGAGUCAUAAAGGACACAAAGACAAAUGGAACAGUUCUAAUGGGCUUGAAGAAAAGGAUUCCUGGUUGGAGGAGGAAGAACUCUUCCACGUCCAGGUUAAGCAUUUACUUGCUCGAAGAGCACUUCUACCAUUGAAAAUAAAGCCAAAGCUCUUGCAGUAUAGACAUACGGCUGAGCAGAAUAAACCCCCAGUUUCCACACCCUGGAGAGCAGGAUCAGAUGGAAACUCUUCAGUCCCUGGAACAAAAAAGCAGAAAUGGACUCUGCAAGAGAGUGAGUGGGUCAAGGCUGGAGUGAAAAAAUAUGGGGAAGGAAACUGGGUUGCUAUUUCCAAAAAUUUCCCCUUUGUUAACCGAACAGCUGUGAUGAUCAAGGACCGUUGGCGGACCAUGAAAAAACUGGGAAUGAACUGAAAACUUCUUUUAUUUUCUUGGAAUUAUAUGGGGCACAUCUUCAAAAAAUAGCCCUCUAUUUCAUGCUUUAUUUCAGAAGUUGGGCUGGGGUGACAAGAGUUCUGGGCAGCCUGCUUCUUUGGUUGGGGAGGUCCAUGUCCUGCUUUUGUGCUGUCAGAAAGCCAUCGGAGUUAAAAAGGUAGAAGGAGAGCCCCCACCUAGCCUUCCUGCAGUUUGGGGAGGAGCAGGACGCAGUCAAAUUCCAAGUUCUCUCGUGGUUUAAAUCAGAACUGAAACCCGCCGCGGGUCAGGAGGAAGAGUGGAGUUUGUCAAGAUGUCUCUCCCCCACCCCCGUGAGAGCAUCCUGAAGUCCCAAGUGUGAGUGAGUAUUCUUUUGAGUCCAUUGGCCCCAGGCAAAAUGUCAGCUGCAACAGACAAAGAGCAGCCUCCAUCGGGAGCCUGGGCGGAGAAGAGCUGCAUCUGUGUCAUGGAAGAAGAGAGUUUUCACCAGUUGUGAUCCACCCGGCCCCUACACUGCUGCGGCAUUGCUGCUUGUCUUUCCUGGGCCAGACAGGCAGCUUGGAGCCUUGAUUCCCGUGUGGCUGAAGUGGUGGGGUUUUUUUUCUUUUUGUAAAAUUGGUGUUGUAGGUGAGCUUAGUCCUUCCUCUUCUACUCUGGACUCUGGAAGCUUUAAAGAAGCCUGAAUAUAGCCCAUAGUUCUGUUCUUAGUUUGUGAAAUGUUUGCAGCUGCUUGAUUCCCCUCGUUGUGCUUUUAAAGGUUGGUGUGUUGUCACGCUGGAGCUCACCACUCCUUCUGGCUCCUUCCGUAAUGUUUUGUGCUUACCAUCUUCUUGGACACCCUUGGGGAAAGGCCUGAAGGUCUCUUUUUAGCCACAACUCUCGGUAAAAUGUUUUCUGUAAUUUUUUUUUUAAGGUGAAUACUAAUUAUUGUCCAUUACUUGUGGCAUUCUUCAUUAAAAUACUGUUUCCCUCGCA